UGUUGUCAGACUUCUAGCAUUGCCGCCGCCAUGUUUACGUUACUUCUCGUUGCAUCUGUUUGACACACAAGAAAAGAUCACAGUCAGACCAUUAAAGUGAACAAAAUACGCUCUUUACUGACCAGUUAUGGUGAUGAAAUGAUCUUAAGCUUAUGCCUGACAUACAGCACGAAGACGUCAACAUAUUCAACUGGAUGAAUUAAACUGUCAUGGCCAGCAGACUGCGUGAAAAGGAAGGCAGUUCAUCCAUACCUGUAACUAAGUCUGGAGAGUCCUUGCAGAAUAAGAAUGAGGAAAGCAAUCAGAAGAGUGACUCAGGAACAGAGCUUGUAAAAGGAUCCUAUUGUGAGGAUGAUGGGAGUUUGAUCCAGGCAACACCAAGCAGUGCCACCAGGAAUUCCUUUGCGUAAUAUUCUCAAGGUUAAUAUUUCACCAGUUGAUCACAUAUAUCAGUCACUAACAAUAUAAUGCUCUAGGGAGUUAAAAAUUUGUGUGCAACAAAAGAAAAGUCUUCCCUUCAUAUUAGGUGAUGGAUCCCACUUGUGAAAUCUCAAGAAUUAAUUUUCACAGAUGGUGGAAUGAGCUCCAUUUUAAUGGAUACGAGAGAGUCUCGAAAGAGGGCAGCAAGCCAGAAGCUUAGCAAAGAGGGCAGCAGUCAGGUGAAGCAAAAAGCUGUAGGACUUAAGGCUCCUGAGACGAGGGCAAAGUCUGUGACAGGCAAGGGAGCAGAAGAUGCAGGAUUGCGGGAAAAGACUAAACCUUCAUCAAUGACAGAGAAAACAACUAGUGGAUCCUCUGAUAAAAAGCCAAAAGAGCGUCUCUCCACUAGAUCAGUGACUACUAGAAGUGCUGCAUCAUCACAAAACUUAAAACAACAAGCAUCUCAGAUGGAAAAUGAGAGUGGAGGGAAGCAAAAUACUAUACCUGUGAACAUCAGUAAGAAGUCGGUCAUACGUAUUACCAGGAAUACUGAGACACAGAUCAAUGAUAGUCUUAAAGGUACCAAAGGAAGCAAAACAAAAACUGAGAAGAAAUCAGAUGGUAGUGAUCAUGGACAGUCUAACCAAGAGAGUGGCAUGAAGAAUACAUCUACAAUUGGUAAAUCAAAUGGCAAAACUAAAACUGAUAGUACUGGUGAGAGUGCUGCUAAAACAAAAAAUGCCCCCAAAAUUGCACUCCAUACCAUACCAGUCCCACCAAUGAAACCCAGUACAGACCUCAAGACAUCCUCUGUUGUACAAAGUAGUGCUUCUAAAAGUGGUUCUAGCUCGGAUAGUCAGUCAAACCUGAAACAUUCUGAGAAGGGUGAUAUGGGGAUCAGUAAUGUUAAUAAAGAUUUCAGUUUGAGUAUGGCUACUCUUUCAGCUAAAGAUAUUCCUUUGCCAGAAAAUCCCUCUCCCAAGACCUCUAUUGCCAUUACUCCCAAGGCCACUGUUGCCAUUACUCCAAAAUCUGUCACAACUACUCCCAAAAUCACAGUUCCGAUUGUUGCCAAAACCUCUGUUCCCAAUCCUCUUAAAAUUCCUGUUUCCACUGCCCCCAAAGCUACCACUCCCAAUUCUCCUAGAGUUACUCUUGCAGUCACUCCGAAGACGUCUGUCUCGGUUGUUGCCAAAACCACUAAUCCUCUUGCUCCAAAGAUUUCAGCUCCUAUUCCUAAGGCCACUCUUCCCAAUGCACCUAAGUUAUCUGUUCCCUCUCUUCCUAAAGAUGAUACCCUUCAGAAGGAACCUGCAGAAAAAGAAGAGAGUAAGACGGAUCUUGCUUCCAGUGGAGCAGAGGUUGUAAAAGAGAGUAUAGAAGAGUUUUACAAGAGACAUGAAACUGAAAGUUUUGCUGCCUUAGAAAAUGAAUUGAAAGCUAUUUCAUUCCCUGUAAAACUUGGAGAUGUUGAAGAUGGAUAUCUACCAAUUCUUUCUAAAGAUUACAAGAGAACUUUGUCUUGGCCUACAGAAAUGGUUUUGAAAACUCAGGUAACCCCAUCACUUGCAUAUAGUGUGAAUCCUUUGGCUUAUGAUUUCAAAAGUGUACUGGGCAAAGGUAAACAAAAAUCUAGUGAAAAUACUUUGAGGAAUGGAGAGCAUAAAUCAGAUAAAGCAAAAAAGAGAAAGAGAAAGCGAAAGAAGAAGAAAAGAUCAAAGAGUCGUCAUCAUGCACAUGGAUCGGAUUAUGAAUCAGAUGCAUCAGACAGUGGCAAGAAGCACAGAAGAAAGAAACACAGGAAAAAGAGACAUCAUUCAUCCAAAGAUAGAGGACAUAAAAGGAGCCAUGAUAGUUCAGAUGAUCACUAUAAAUCUGGUCAUUCUAAGAGGAGGAGAAGCCGCUAUUCAGACAGUGAGGACAGUUGUGACGGUGACAGGAGGCGAAGGAAAAGCUCCUACAGUGAUGAUGAUUAUCGGAAGUCCAGCAGCUCAAAGCGAAGACACCGAUCUUCUAGUUAUUCAUCUUACUCUGACAGAGAUGAUAGAUCCUCCAGAAGGCAGCGUAGCUACCAUAGUGAUAGCUACAGUGAUGAAGAUAGAAGCAGAAGUAAAAGGUCCAGACAUAGCCGAAGUUUGUCAAGAUCUCCAAGACGCCAUAGACGUAGCUACUCACGAUCAAGGAGCAGGUCACCUAAGGUUGAAAGGGGAAAGGGGGUUGUUCAGGAAAAAAUGAAGCAAGAUAUAAGUAAGAUCAAAGCUACUGAUCGUGCAGGUAGUUGUGGUGCUUUAAAGGAAUGGGUAAGACAAGCGUUGAAAGAGAGCAAGGCUUCGGAUCCUGCUCUGCAAUCUGAUCGACCGUCUACAUCAAUAUUAAGUAAAACAAAAGAAAAGAUUUCAGACUUGAUUCAUACUCUCUCAAAUGUUGAAGACAAAACACAUGUUCCAGAAGGCAAAGGACUUAUUGUAAAGCAAAGCAAAACAGGUAAAACACAAAUCUCGGGUAAACCAAUUCCUGAUUCACCUCCUUUACAAUCUGUAAAACAAGAAGGUCAGAAAACACAAAGUAGUUGCGCUUUCCAAAGUGAUUCAGAAAAUAGAGGAGGAAGUGAAGCAAAUGAAGGGAAAGAUGAUGCAUUCAAAGUUCCCAAUGCACCCAUUGUAAAGGAAGAAGAAGGAACCAAGGACAAGUCUGAAGAUGGUGGUCCUGUAUCAAUUCCACCUGAAGAAAUGGAAAAAUACAAGCAAUUGGAGCAGCAAGCUAGGUUGCAUGUACAGCAAAAAUUAAUGCAGGCCCAAGGUCAAGGGACCGGACAGUCUUCACAAACAUCUGUGGCAGUGGAACAACAACAGCUACUUGCACAGGAAGCAGGAUUGCAACAGCAAGUAGAAACAAUUGUACAGCCACAAGCUCUUGUCCCACAAGCAACUCUCGUUCCCCAGCCGACUCUAGUUCCCCAGCAGAAUUUAGUUCCCCGACCAACUCUACUUCCUCAACAGGCACUUGUGCCCCAACCAACUCUUGUUCCUCGACAUGUGGUUGUCCAUAGGCCUGCAGUACCUGUUCCUGGAAUGCCACAGCUGAUUCCUCAAGCUGUAGGUCUUCCUAGACCAGUGUUGAUUCCCAGACAGGGAUUUAUUCCAGGUGCUAGAUUUAUAAGAACUCCAGUCCAGCAAUUACAGGAUGCUCAAGCAGCACAGUUGCGUGAAGCGCAAUUGGAAGCACAAAUGGAAGCACAAGUACAAGCUCUUCAAGAUAAUAAUGAUACUGCUGAAGAGGGUGAAGAACCAGAUAGACCACCAGGGUUCAUUGGCCCCAUACAUCCUGGACUUCCCUUGCAAGAAGUGCCUAGAGAACAGGAGCAGCAGGUCGAGUCAGAUGUUAGACCUCCUUCUCGUUCUUCUUCACGGCAGUCGGGUCACCAUGCAAUGUCUCCUCAUCCUACCAUGUCCCCACACAUACUUUCGGGAGAAGCACAAAAUCCCCAGUUGACACUCCUCCAAAUGCCAGUAGUACGUCCCAAUACUCCUGUUCCUAUGUCAAGUCCAAUGGGAGUACAGCUUGUUCGUGUUCAGACUCCACCAAGCUCUUCUAUAUCUCCUAUGCAACUAGUUCAUGUUCCAGGUCAAGGAGUUGUUAUGCAAGGCAGUAUGCCUGUUCAAGGAGUGCCCAUGCAAGCAGGCAUAGCAGGUAUACAAGGAUUGCAGGGUGUACGGGUAGUAAAUCCAGCCGGGAUAUCUGCUUCUCAGGGCACUGUCAGAGCAAUGACACCAACCGGUUUGCAAGGAGCUAUGCCAGUGAGAGUUGUUACUCCGGAAAUGCUUCAAGCUGGGACAGUAAACAUGUCUGGUGUAAGACCAGGAAUGUCUCUAUCAGAAGCUCUACAUAUGCAAGCUUUAACAUCAGCUGCAAUUCAAGCACAAGCCAGCUCUCAGAUGGGUGUAUUGCAACCAAGGAUCGUUACGUCGAUGGCACCUCGUGGAAUAGUACCUGGUGCUGCCCCACUGGAAGGAGUGCAAGCAAUGGUACCAGGGCCUAUACCAGGUACACUCAUACCAGCAGGUGCCUUGUCUGGAGCUGUAUUACCAGGUGGAGCAGUUCCAUCUGGUGCUAUCCAAAUUGGUGGAAUACCAAGAUCGGCUAUUCCCACUGGUGCAAUUGCAGGGGGAGUAAUUCCCUCAGGAAGCCUUGCAGGAGCGGCUAUUCAAGCAGGAGCAGCUAUUCAAGCAGGGGCAGCAAUCCAAGCAGGGACAGCAAUCCAAGCAGGGGCAAUCCCAACAGGGGCGAUUCCUCCAGGAGCUUUUCCGGCAGGGGCAAUUCCAGCAGGGGCAAUACCAGCAGGGGCUAUUCCAGCUGGAGCAAUUCCUGCAGGGGCAAUUCCUGCUGGGGCAAUUCCUGCAGGGGCAAUUCCAGCAGGAGCUAUUCGUGCAGGAGCAAUUCCAGCAGGAGCGCUUCAAGCUGGGGCAAUUCCAGCAGGAGCAGUUUCAGCUGGAGCUGUUGCUGGUGGUGCAUUAACUGGAGCCUCUUUACCUGCAGAGGCAUUAUCAGGAGCUACUCCAUCAGCCUUGGUGCCAAGAGGAGCACUUCCUACUGCUGCUGCACUGCAAGGGGCACUACCAGGAAUGCAAGUUGCCAGAAUGCCCGGUGCUUUACCUGUUGGAGCAGUUCCAAUUAGAUCUGUUACACCUGGAAUGGUUCCACGUCAUGCUCCUGUUAUGGUUAGAUUGCCAGGACCACAAUUACAGGGUAUUCAUGCUGGGCCUAGGUUAGUUGGACGUUUGGGUGCCCCAGUUGUACAACAGAGAGAGUCACCAGGGUCUUCAGGUUUUCCUGGUCCAGUUAUGCAGCAGAGGGUGUCACCUCAAAUCUCUUUGCAGGAAGGAGUUAGGUUCUCUCCUUCACCUGUUCCAGUAACUGCAGCCGAGUCUUCACCUCAAGCAGUUAGUCAGCCAAUACCUUGCACAACUGCUAACGUUUCAGAAAGUCCUGCUAUGUCACCUGUACCAGUACCCCAAUCUAGCAAUCGUCCAGAAACUCCAAAUAAUAAUAUAAGGUCACCGAGAACUACCCCAAUAUCUAGAAAUCCAGAGUCUCAAAGCCCUAGACCUAUGGUACCAAUUUCAAUAAGUAUUGGAGGAGUACCGGUAAGUGUUGAAAUACCAAUGCCUGCUGAUGGUGUCAUUCAUUCGUCAUCACCUGAUCCAUCUCAAAGAAGUAUUUCUCCUACUCUUUCUGACACUGGAUCAAAUAUGCUGUUGCAUAGAAACCCACGACCCCCCAUGAUGAGACCGCCAAGAUUUCAAGGGCCAGGAAUCCCUUUUGCCAUGAGAGGUGCAAUGGAACAGAUGAUUAGACCACCCAUGAGACCUAUGGCACCUGAUGCAGUAAUGAGGGCAGGUAUGCAAAGUACAAGACCAGAAAUGUCUGAAGUAGGACCAAUCCCUCUGCGAGCCCCUGGAAUGCCACCAGGAAUAAGGCUACCAAUACCUGCUAGUAUGCAAGAAGAGUUGCGAGGUGUACCUCGACUUCCUCCAGGUGCUGUCCGCUUCCCUCCUGGUACAGUUCGCCUACCACCAGGUGCUGUUCCACCAGGAGCUGUUCGUCCCCCACAAGGUCAAAUUCCUCAUCCACCAGGUGGUAUCCCACCAGGUGCAGUCCGUCUGCCUCAGGGUGCCUUUCCACCAGGUGGAAUUCGUCCUCGACCCGGCCAAGUUACUCCGGGUCCUGCUCCUCCUGGUGCAAUACGUUUGCCUCCAGAUGCAGUUCGCUUGCCUCCAGGUGCAACUCCACCACCAGGUGCAAUUCGUAUGGUUCCAGGUGCAAUGCGUCCUCCACCAGGUGCAUUCCCCCCAAGAGCAAUGCCUGGUGGUGCAUUGCGUCUUCCACCUGGUGGUGUGGGGUUUCCACCUGGUGGUGUGGGGUUUCCACCAGGUGGUCCUAGAAUGCCACUCUCUGCUGCUGCUCUAAUGGGAAAGCCUAUAAUCAAGCCAAAUGACCCUAGAUUCCCGUAGAUGUUUGCACAAGUUAGUGAUAAAAUAUGGCACUUAAUGUGUGCUUGAGACUGAUUUCAAGUGCUGCACUGUAAGUGCAAUCACUGGAAUCUCAACUGAAAGUGUGAUAAUUUCCCUCCUAAUAAUAUGGUACAGCAUGCAAAUAAAAGAAAUUGAUAUAUGUCUUGUACAGUAUGUAGUCCUGAUUAUCUGUUGUGGGUUUUAAAUUUUAGGGUGGUUUUCGGAGAGGGUUUAUUGGCAAAGGGAAACAUUUUGAUUUGUUUCAUUGUAUAAUAGCGUUACUUCAUUUUGCUAUACAUGUAUAUACAUAACAAUAAUUUGAAAGUGCAAUGGUGUGUGAACAGCUGGGUUAAAGUAAGAUAAACUAUUAUCGGGCUUGUGUGCAACGCAACCCAAUUUUGUGUAAGUGCCAUAAUUAAUUGAUCCUUUUUUUUUCGUAGUUUAUAUAUUUUAUGAUUUGUGUGAUUUCUCUGUUAUGGGGAUGUUUUUUUUUUAAGUCAAUAGGUAUCCACUUUCACAUACAUUGGAAAAUACUUAGCGAUGUUUAUGCAAUGAAUGCUACUACUUUACUUCCCUCAUCAUUUUAACUAAAUGAUUAACUCACAAGGUCAUGCAGUACUUAAUCUGCACCACCUAUAAAGGUAGCAGGUUUUCAUUAAAGGAGCGCAGACAUCUUAAAAUUUCAUGUUGAAAAGCAUAAAUAUCUUAUACUUCACAGAGGUAAGCCUCCUGUGCUAUCAAUAUCAGUGAGAAGAGCACACUUGGCAGGACUCACACCUUGGAAAGUUAACAAAAACAUUUGAUUUCAAAAGUGAAAUUCAGAAGAGGCAUAGAAGCUCCAAGCAUAUUUUUGAUAUUGCACAAUGUGAUUGUUGAUAGUAAAGAAAGAUGCUGGUAACGUUGAGGACUAGGAAGAAGGGAAACGUUAAAAUCUAAUUGUUUUUGCACAAGUCCUGAUUAUUUUUUCGCCUUAUAAGUUAUGAUUUUUUGCACAGUGAUGCAGAGGUAGUUAAGAGCUUCAUCCUCCAUGCAUGUAAAACCUUGCUAUACACAGUUUAUGCAACAAUGCAGUCAAGGUGGGAGAUAGUACAAAUAUGAAGAAUCGAUAGGUUGUUGCUCCCAAUGCCUUUGCAGAUUCCGUGCCCGUUAUAGUUUGCAAAACGGCCUUAUGAACCCAAUUUCUUCAGUUAUCUUGCAGAAUUGCAUGGAGUACACCUCUUAAAGCACUCCAUUUCCUUGUAUUUAAAAAUGAAAUUUCGGACAAGAUUUAAAAAAAACAACUUGUUGGAAAGCAAUAAUUCCUAUGAAUAAUUGAAUACCACUCCUGCAACUACAUGGUGUUCAUCACAUAGAUAUAUAGCUAGUGCAACAUUUAUGAUGAUAGUGCAGAUGGACAGCUUGUCUACACUGCCAUUUAUCUGUAAGAAACAUUUAAAAGAGCUGGCUCUCAUAAAUUUACUGGAUUAGACUGGACUUGUAUGCAUUCAAAUGAUUGGUUUGGAGCUAGCCUGUAUUCUAUUGAGCAUGUCUAACUUGUCAGUGUGGUUCACUGUAUUGGACUACCUUUGGAAGAAAGUGUCUCGUUAUAAAAAAAAGACACUAUCAUGGUUCUCCAUUGUUGUUUUAAGCAACCUUUCUUCCCCCUACUAUCCUUGUGAUCAUAAAAUGUUUGGGGGGUAUUUAAGUCUGAGUGAUAACAGUUGUAUGAAGAGAUCAAUAUCGGGUUGAAUUAGCUUCCCAACUGAGUGAACUGAUAAGCAGAAAUAGCAAAACACUCCACACAAUCACAAUGUAUGAAAUGAAUUGGAUGUUUUAUAUUUACAGCACUCUGGAGAAAGUUGGAUGAAAAUUAAGUGCUAUUUAAAAGUGGAUUAUCAUAAAUAUGAUAAUAUACCCAAUUUUUUUUUUUAUAUUAGGGAGAAGGUACAUGAAUGUUUGAUUUCUUUAACACCCAUUUGUGAUAACGAAACAGAACAUUAUGUGACAGUACUAAAAGUAGCUCUGGAUAUUAGAAAUGAAUAUUGAGAUCUUUAUUUGUAGUUUGCAAAGUUGGUUUUUAUGAUGAAACAGAUGAUCGUGAAUUUUAUUAAAACCUUCCACUUGGCUGUGGGUGGAUUCAACUUUCUGCUCAUUGUUUUCUAUUAGGAAAUAUAUUUAUUUGUAAUCAAGAUCAUCACUAUUUACUAUGAGUGACAUUGAUUUCUGGUUCAUGAAUUUGAUUAUUGUCAUUUGCUAUUAUUGAAUUAGUUUCUAAUGUACUACAUUAUUUCCUUUUUAACAACUUUUGAAGAUCUUGAAUAUUGCAUUAACUUGGUGUUAUUAUGUCAGUAUGUUCGUGUGGAUGUGAUUUUGAUUCUACAAAGUCACUGUUUAUUUGUGUCAAGUCAGGAGAAUAGCUGCACAUUUGUUUUCUAUUGAAUUGAAGCAAGCAAAUUGAAAUUUAUUUCAAAAACUGCAUUGAAAUAAUUUUCCUUCCUUUAUUUUUUCAGCUUGUUUCAGUGAAAUGUGUAGAGUAAAUUUUGAAUGAAAGUUGUCUCUGCACGUGCUGGGUAAUAGCCGAACCAUUUUUUUUUCUCUUUCAUCAAAAGCUAGAGUUACAGAUGUCAAUAAAAAAAAAAGAUUAUACAGCAAUAAAGAUGUUAG